GAUCCUGAUUGAUACUUGCCGCCAAACUUGAGGCUUGUUCCAACGUUUCGAUGCAACGCUCAUGAACGCAUGUUCCGCGACUUGUAUACAUAAUCGGAUCCUCGUCCUCCAGUGCUUCGCGCUCAGCCGUGUCCCCCUAACACAUGAUACCCGUCCUUCCUCCUGAGAUCGAGCGGGAGGUAUUCGAGACGGCAGCAAUCAGGCUUCCUUCUGUCGCACCUGCGCUGUUGCGAGUGGCUAAGCGUGUCCACAUCUGGAUAAAGCCCGUUCUUUUCCGCCUUCUCUCUCUCGAUCGUCAUGGUACCUAUCAUGAUGACAAAGCGCUCGAGGUUCUCUCUGUCGUGCGGACGGCGAUGCAAACCGAUGAAGGUCGGGCCCUCGUCUGCCCCUCCGUACGGCACCUCUGCCUAGGCCUUCCCACGACUGACAUGUCUGCAUACGAAGCAUACGUCUUAGUUGCACAGCUUCCCAACUUGGAGAAUCUCCUUGCUACUGCGUCAUUUAUAACUCCGGCGCUGCUCGAAGCCCUAUCUCAAUCUGGUGCCCGGUUGCGACGCCUAGCGGGUCCUAUAAGCCGGAUAUUUGAUCCGCAGGGUUCAACAGUAUCACCUCUAUCUCUCCCCUGCGUGUCGUGCCUAACGCAUCUCGACAUCUUCGAUUCCGUAGGUGAAUUCACCUUCGUACAAGAGCUAUCCACCCUCGCCAGCCUCACUCACCUCGGCAUCUCGGGGUCUGUAGCACCCUUGGUUGGCGAAAUCCUCUCAACUUGUCCCUCCCUACAUGUUCUGCUGAUCCAAUACUCCUCCCUCCGGAAUCCACUAGAUCCGAUAGAGCGAUUCACGGACGACGAUCGUGUCAUCGCUACACACUUCGUGAAUUAUUGGGCAGAAUGGAAGCUCGCCGCUCGCACCUGCCGGGAUGUGUGGGACGCAGCCGAGGAGUUCAUCACUGCGAAAAGAGUGGGGACCAUUUCUAGUGACGUUUUUAUCAUGAACACUAUUUCUACACAAACUUUAUUCGGGAAUUUCUAAGUACAGCUAGAAAUCUGAGAUGAUGGGCAAGCCUAAGUCGAAUUCACGAUCUUCCAUGCCUAUGGCCGGUGGCAGCAGAUGAUUGAAUUGGAAAUGCUCCAGAUCGAUAGCGCCAUAAAAUUGAUCGGUGACGGAAAUAGUGUCGUUCUUGCUUGAAAACAGAGCUGCAUUGAACGGGAUCUCAUUUUCCUUGUUGCGUCCCAGUCCCGCGCCGAAUCCAAAGAGCCGCCGGGUCUUG